AUGACACAAUGUGUAUUGUCUCAAGACAAAAAUAACGCACGACUAGUUACCGUUGUGCUGUGGCGGUCAAGGGAGAACGACCAUUCCAAUAGGACUUCCGUUGUUCGGACUACAGCAUUACCAACCGGACUCGGACCUGUCAAAUUUACUGUGUAUGACAGGCAGAACGCCCAGAGAAGGUCCUUGUCAGAGAAGGUCGGGAAGAAGUCGUUGUUGUGGAGAAGCAGCCUGUCUGUCAUGAUCGCUACCACCGGUGGUGGUAAGAUAGACCUCGACGACUGGCAAUGCAGCCUAUUCGACCUUACGGGAUUCGUAUCCAAGGACUCACCUCAUCCAAUAGCGCAAGGUAGUUUCGGGGAUGUGUGGAAAUGCACCUAUACUGCAUCUAACCGUCAAGGCCUGGAGAUAGCGGUCAAAUCCAUAAGGGUCGAUGUCGCAGGUGACGAUUUUUAG